AUGUCUCUCAGGACAAGAAACAAGACAGCCACCGCCGGAACUCCGGCAACAACCACCUCAUCGGAUGGUGAAAAUGAACCUCCCCGGCCGAUUCCAAAUGCUACUCUGCCAUCUUCCUCUCGGCGGUUGCAACGAACAAUCUCUCAGACACUAACAAGUACUGCAAAAUUGGCUAGCCUCCUCCCUACAGGCACACUUAUGGCCUUUCAACUUCUUAUCCCAAUCUUCACCAACAAUGGCAUCUGUGACUCUUUAGCACGCCAUUUGACAUUGUUAUUGUUAAUACUCCUCUCUGUUUCUUGCUUCCUUGCAUGCUUCACUGACAGUUUCAAAUCAUUAGAUGGGCAAAUCUAUUACGGCAUUGCUACAUCAAAAGGCAUGUGGCUCUUCGACUACCCAGAACCCAGUACUCCUGAUCUCACAAAGUAUAAGCUGAGGCUCAUUGAUUUUGUUCAUGGGGUCUUAACGGUUUUGGUAUUCAUUUCCAUUGCUUUAAGAGAUAGGAAUGUGUUGAGUUGCUUCUACCCACAACCGAAACAUGAGAUGCAGCAACUUCUGGAUAUAGUCCCUGUCGGAGUAGGGCUCUUCUGCAGCCUUCUAUUCAUGGUUUUCCCCACAAGAAGACAUGGUAUAGGGUACCCUAAUUAUACUCCUGGGAGAUGAUUGAAAGCUCAUCUUUGCAUUGAUUGUACAUAU